AGGAACCGGAAGCUGGGUUUAUAAAGCAAAAGAAACGGACCCCCGGUGUUGUCCCUCUCCGGCUCCUUCUGUUCCCUGCUUGAGGCUGAAUUCAAGCCCCUUGCUCUCCGGCCCAGCCUCUCUUGCGCCAUGGCCCUCAGCGAUGCUGACGUGCAAAAGCAGAUUAAGCAUAUGAUGGCUUUUAUUGAACAAGAAGCCAAUGAGAAAGCAGAAGAAAUAGAUGCCAAGGCAGAAGAAGAGUUCAACAUUGAGAAGGGUCGUCUGGUACAAACCCAGAGACUGAAGAUUAUGGAGUACUAUGAGAAGAAAGAAAAGCAGAUUGAGCAGCAGAAGAAAAUUCAAAUGUCCAAUUUGAUGAAUCAAGCAAGACUCAAAGUCCUCAGAGCAAGAGAUGACCUUAUUACAGACCUACUAACGGAAGCGAAACAGAGACUCAGCAAAGUGGUAAAAGAUACAACCAGGUACCAAGUGCUGCUGGAUGGGCUGGUGCUACAGGGUUUGUACCAGCUGCUGGAGCCCCGAAUGAUUGUUCGUUGCAGGAAACAGGACUUCCCUCUGGUCAAGGCAGCGGUGCAAAAAGCAAUCCCUAUGUACAAAAUCGCCACUAAGAAAGAUGUUGACGUUCAAAUUGACCAGGAGGCCUACCUGCCUGAGGACAUAGCUGGCGGAGUUGAGAUCUGUAACGGGGACCGUAAAAUAAAGGUUUCCAAUACCCUCGAGAGCCGGCUGGACCUCAUAGCCCAGCAGAUGAUGCCAGAAGUACGGGGAGCCUUGUUUGGUGCAAAUGCCAACAGGAAGUUUCUGGAUUAAACCUGUGGGAGGCGGAACUCGUCCACUGCUCUACAACUAUGAUAUGGAAGUUUCUGGUAUUUGAAGAAACAAGAUUAUCUCUGUCAUUUCCUCCUUGCUGUUCUGAUAUCCUGUAUUUAUCAGUGGAUACCUUUCUGUAGCUAAUGCCCUUGGCCUAAUUAACAAUGAGAGAAAGUUUCACUUAAUAAGGUCAGGAAACCUACCUCUGGCUUGACGGAAAGUUACCCGACCUUCGCCUGCUUCCGCAGCAUCAAGGUGAGGGGACCAGAUGGUGGUUGCAUGAAACUCAAGGCUGCUGGUCCUCUGGUUCCGGUUGCCCAGUGUAGGGGGUGAUGGGUCUGGUGUUCACCACUGUUACGUCUCCUUAGGCUACAAUUGCAUGUGGGCAUACACCCUCCCGGCAGCCGUAGCUGCGCUGCUGCCUGCUUGGGCCUAGACGUUUUCCUCAUCUGUAAAUGUGAUUUAAAUUCUAAGCCACGAAUAUGCUUUAUUUAUUAAAAGGUUUAUGUGGAUUUCACUGCAAAUUA